AUGCCCAUUUCCAGUGGAGCACGGCAUCAGCGUUCAGCAUCCUUAAGCAUUGCGGGCUUUUCAAACAGUUUAGAAAUGGAAUUACCUUCAACAAGGUUAUCGAGCUCGCCUGAUCCACAGAUGAAAGGUGCAGCCUCUGUAACACUUGCCCCAUCCCCGAAGGCCCUUUGUGACUGUGAUGCUCCUCCAGAGCCCAUACCCAACUACAGCUUGAUGCCGGACAGAGAUCCAAGCGACCUGAGCCCUGGGGCUGCCACUGGCCUUGCACGAGGUGAUGCACUCCAGGGCAGCACUAAGUGUAAGCUGGAAAAUGAAGACUUCAAUACUGUAGAUCAUCCUCUAGAAAACAGCUUGACUACUGCUGGGCAAGAUGUAGUUAAUGAAUUAACUCUUUCUAUGCAAAAAGUGCUGGAAGAACCUAUAAAUCUUUCAAUCAAAAAAUCUCAGCAUUGCACUUCUCCUGAACGGCUCAGCAACACUUCUUUCCUGCCCAUGAAUGCCAGAGUGAGACAGCUUAGAAGCAAAGAAGAUUCCAAUAACUGUGAAAAGGAACAUUUUGAAAUGGAUAUAGAAAGCAAGCAGAAUGUCAGAGCUGGCCCUAAGGAGCAGAAGUUCCCCUAUGUGCGACUGGAGCGUCUGAAAAUAUGUGCAUCAGAAGCAGGGAAGCUCCCAGUGUUUAAGCUCCAGCCACAGGACAAUGAGCAGGAGGGCAAUUUCCUCCUGAUAGUUGAAUGUGGGACCCAGUCUUCAAGUAUGUCUAUAAAGAUAAAUAAAGAUAGUCCAAUUGAAGGACUGAAAUCCAAAGAGGAGAACUCAGAGGACAGAAAAUUUCUUGAAUCCCAAACGGCAGGACAGACACAAUCAUCUCCUACAGAUACUCCAUCUGUUGAUCAGAAGCUCAGCAAUUGCACCUCCAUCACGAAAAAAUCUGCAGUUACUCAGGAAGUCAGUCUAAUUGAAAAUGAGGAUUUCUGUGCUGUGUGUCUUAAUGGAGGAGAACUGUUGUGCUGUGAUCACUGCCCCAAGGUCUUCCAUCUCUCCUGCCAUGUUCCAGCCCUGCUCAGCUUUCCAGUGGGAGAAUGGGUGUGCACGCUGUGCCGUAAUCCAGUGAAACCAGAGGUGGAAUAUGACUGUGAAAAUACACGCUACAGCCAAAGUUAUAAUGCACAAUAUGGCCUUGAUGAUUCUGACCAGAAGAAGUGUGAAAAGCUGGUGCUUUCCCUGUUCUGCAGUAAUAUGAGCCUCCCAUUCCAUGAACCUGUCAGCCCCCUGGCUCAGCAUUAUUAUCAGAUCAUCAAAAGGCCAAUGGAUUUGUCAAUCAUACGAAAAAAGCUGCAAAAACAGGAGAAGUGCCACUAUUCUGCACCUGAGGAACUUGUGUCUGACGUGCGUCUCAUGUUUUGGAACUGUGCAAAGUUCAAUUAUCCGGAUUCAGAGGUUGCUGAGGCUGGACGAUGCCUAGGUGUAUUCUUUGAGGGGAAACUGAAGGAGAUUUAUCCAGAUAGGCAUUUUUCUUCAAUGCAACAAGACGACUCUGAUUCUGAAGAAGUGAAAAGUCAGAAUAGCAAAAUGCCACCCCAAGAUUUUCAGUGGCCAUCGUAUGGACAGGAGUACGUUCAGCCUAAAAGGAGACGGCGCCACAGGAAAGUGAAAAAAAAUAAAAGAAUGAUGUUUCAGCCAGCUAGCAGCCUUCCUCAGGUACGACUUCCUCAAGAGACGAGAUUUGCUAUGAAGAAUCCAGCAGCAUAA